UCUGAAAUAUUAGUGGUUUAUUUUCAAAUAGUGUUAACACACCUCUUAUUAUUUCAGUCCAGGUUUAGUCACAUUCCCUAACGUGUUGGAACAGAAAACCCAUGGCAGAGACUCAGUCAGGUCUUUCCAGUUUCAACUGACAGCUCGGGGGUCCAUAAUGACAUCUUGCUGCGGGGAAUAAUGUCUUACAAUCACAAAAUCUUAUCUCUGUUAAAUUCUUUAGGUGAAUAUUUAGAGUUCUGGUUUUGCAGUUUAGGUAACGAGGCCAUCAUAACGACAGAUGCUCUUCAUCAUCAGCUUUUAUAGAAAUCCAUCACAGAUAGUCAUUUACAUUCCUUCCGUCUGUCCUUCCCUCCGUCCCUCCCUCAUUCUCACAAGGCUUCAUAUUUCUUUGUUUUUUGCCUUCUCUGUUCUGAUCAUUCAUUUUGUGUUAUGUCUUGAGCUUGGUGCCAGCUUCUGAACACAUGGCAUGUGAUUACACCGUCCUCAUCAUUCCUCUCCAGAACAGCCUCUACAGCCCUGACGCACUUCACUGCUUCCACUCGCUAAAGAAACGUAGAGAUCUGGAAAGACAAAAAGACAUCCUGUGGGCUGGACUGCAGGUAGUGGAACAAACACAGCUGUGGUACCAGAAUCGCCUGAAGCUGAAUUUACAAAGACAAGUUUGCUUCAGUACAGGAGACUUAGAUGGAGAGAAAUCUGCAAAUCGCCUGUACCUUGCAGGGAAGGUGGUCUUGCGCUAUGCGGUCUUGUAUGCAGCGUGCGAACGGGAGUUUGGGCAGUAUGAUGAGCGAUUCCUGUGUCUGGAACAAUCUGGCCCCAGAGGAGAGCGGGGGAUCGGACUGGGACCUCCGGUGGAGCAAUGCCACAUUGGUCAAGGAAGUGAAUCAGCAGAAUCAACAGAUUUCAGUGUUGGAACUUGAGAAGGCACAACUUCUUCAGCAGCUUGUUUUAAAGAACACCUGAAUAAUGACAUUGCACAUUUUAAACUUUAAUUGCAAAAGGCUUUCUUUUUUUAAAUCACGCAGCGACCUGUAAAUAGUUAAAGCUGAUUUGAAAAGACUGAAUGGUAAAAGUAAUUUUAGCUCUAGUAUACGCUCAGUCCACACUAUUUUUUAUCUUCCAGCUGAAAGGGAAUUAGAGAUAUAUGUUCAAUGUUUUUCUUUUCUUAAACUAUUUGUUGAUACUGUACAUAAAACUCAUUUGUUAAUAAUGAUUAAAAUACUUUUUUUACUACUUACACAAAAACAGUUAUUGAAAUAUAAUUCAAAACACGACCACAUUUUUUGAAGACACUAAUGGCAACAUCUGAAAGCUGUCUUGAGACCUCGUUUCCUUUGUUCUCUGAUGUGCAUGAUUGUAAUAUGAAUGGCAUUGCUCGUCAGGGCCAGCAACAGUAACUAAGGAGAGUGGGCCUUUGUCAAUCAUCAAUUACAUAAAACUGUAUAUAUUAAUUUCACAAAAUAAAAACAUUUUAUAUUUAUUUGUUUGAAUAUUUAAAUCCAGACUGAAAUCAAUGAUAGUGUAUUUAAAUCAUACAAUUCAUUCAAAACUUACAGAAAUUAAUGUUAUGUUGAUAUAUCCAGAGGAGAACUGGACCCCAACUGAGCGUGGUUUCUCCAAGGUUUUUUUUUUUCUCCAUUCUGUGAUGGGUGAGGUUUUGGAUGUUCUAGGGAUUAUCAUUGAUUGGUUGAUAGAUAUGAACCUAACAAAUGUAGUAUUUUAAUACAGGCUUUAAUGGUUAAAAUGCAUGCAUUACUGUGAUGUGUCAUUUCAAAUAUAAUGCUGUUUCAGUGGCAAUGCAUUUGUAUGAAAUUCUAAAACCACUUUUAAGUCAACAAAAACUCUUCAGGUUUUCACAAAUUGUGCAUACUAACAUAUUCUUCAUAAUUUAAUAGAUGCAUUGCAUAGGUGAUUAAAAUGAGCAUUUAUUUUAGAUUUAUCUAUUUUCUGUAUUAGUGCCAUGUUUUGAAUGUAUUUGUGUAAAUGUGAUUUUUUUACUAAAUUAAAUAACAUUUUCAUUAAUGCAAACAUACAUUUUCACAAAAAUAAGACAUUUUAGACACUGUCUAAACAAAUAGAAACGUUUAUGCAGUAUGUAACACAUACUCUGUAUAAAUUAUUUUGAACAUUAAAUGGUCAAACUCAAA